GAAUUGGUUUAUUUUUCCGAGAUACAAGUUCAAAGAUUAUCACAACUGUUUGUUACCGCUUUUGUUAAUGUAUGGUGGCUUUCUUUCUCUAUAUAGUUUUAUGUAAACGUGAUAGAUAUAAUUGAUUUUAACUUAAAAUGUGGUUGUUCAUAGUUGGAUUUUCCUAUAUAUUUGCAAUUGUCGCAACUGAAGACUACAUAAUAAACAAUGAAAAGUGCAAAAUGCCCAACUUUCCCGCGUGUUCUGAAGAAGUCAACCCAUUUUACAUUAGUUUGCCAUACAUCAAUUGCUCCGAUUCAAAUCUGUUGACAUACACCACUGUGGAAAACAAUACGGCUCUUACUUACAUAUUAACAGAGAAAAUCUUGAUCAGUACUAUUUCAUCUCGAGACAUGAUCGAUUGCUGUUACAGCUAUGUACGGAGGGACGGAUCUGACAAUUUUCCAGAUACUGGUAUAAGUUUUUCUACUUGUCUACCAUUCAACUCAACAUUGGCUCUAGAACAAGAUAUUGUUUCGGUAAAACUGUUACUCUUGACGUCCUGAUAUAUUAUAUGAGAUAUCGUCCUUACCACAAUAAGUAGUUACGGAAGCUGUGAAACAAAAACUUAGCAAAUUUGCUGUACAAAAAGAAUCAAAGAGAAGACCAUUAAGUGUUUUGUUUGUGGUUAUAGACAGCGUUGCUAGAUUGAAUUUUGAGAGAACGAUGCCGUUAACGAGGGAGUUUAUAUUGGAAAAUAACUUUACAGAGUAUAUGGCUUACAGCAAGAUAGAUGUUUAAUAACAUUUUCCUAAUUUUAAUGCAUUACUAACAGGUCUAAACCUAAAGCAAUCAAAUGAAAUUUGCAAACCCUAUGAGGUUGGACAGCUGGACAAAUGUCCGAUGAUCUGGUACGAUUUCAGAGACUUAGGAUACGCGACUGCAUAUGCGGAAGACUGGGCCGAGAUCUCCACAUAUAAUUACCUAAAGAAAGGAUUUACAAAUCCGCCGACAGAUUAUUACUUUAAGCCAUACAUGGAAGCUGCAUAAGGGAUAGGCACUAUGUAUAUCGACACUAUGCCGUUUUGUGCUGGACCAGAAACCCAAGGGGAAAGAAUCCUGAACAUUGCCAAAGACUUUAGUACAACCUUCAAAGAUCAACCCAAUUUCGGUAUCUUCUGGAUGAAUACCUUUAGUCACAACUACCUUAACUCGCCCAGUCGCAUGGACCAAACGUUUAAGAAAUUUAUGGAGGAUUUAAAAACCGAGGGAAUUUUAGAUCGCAGCAUGGUAGUAUUAUUGGCUGACCAUGGUAUGCGAUUUGGUAGAAUUCGACAAACUAUCCAGGGAUGGUACGAAGAACGACUUCCCAUGAAUUUUAUAUCCCUUCCGCCAUGGUUUAAAGAAGAGUACCCCAGGAAAUAUCAAAAUUUUAAAAGAUAAUUCCAAGAAACUCACUAGUACAUACGAUUUGUACCUUACACUGCAAGAUAUCUUAGCGAUGUCUGUGGAUAAUUACACAAUGACAGGAAGUAAAGCUUGUGCAACUUGUGCAUCAUUUUUCGCAGAAAUUCCUGAAAAGAGAAGUUGUGCUAAGGCAGGAGUUCCUGAGAGAUGGUGCACGUGCAUAGGAAAAUUCGAAAAUAACCAUACGGAUUUAACGCCAGAGAUUCAGAAAGCGGCUGCUACGUUUAUUAUGGAUUCUGGUGUCUUACGCCCAUCUAAUACCAGUAUUAAUAAAAUUGAAUCUGCAAGUAUUACAUAUUUUAAUAAGAAAAUGUAUUUAAAGUUUUAUUUUUGAAGCUGACAAUUAUUAUCUAUAUUUAGUAGUAUUAAGAGCAACGUCUAAUCCUAUUAAAUUUGUAAGGGUUGUAAAUAUAGUUCAAUUGUGGAAAAAGAAUCCUAUUAGUUUUAAAUAAAAAUAUUUUUUGU